UAUCAUAAUAACAAAAUAAGACAGGGAGAGUUCUAACUUUCCUCUCUGUCGUUCAACUGAGGUAAGAAGCUUUGAUUCCAGAUCUGUGAAAAUCUAAUGGGAUUUUCGAGCAUGCAUUCAUAGAUUCGAAGAGAGGGAUAAGAAAUGAACACAACCAUGUAUAGUGGUUCGGUGUUUUUAACCCACCUACAUCCACUAUUGGAAGAUCUUCAAGUUCUUUAUACAACAGUUUCAAGAUUACAAAAGCUCGAUAAGUUUUUCUUUUACAACUCCCUCUAAAAAAUACUCAUUGACAUCUCUCUCUGAAAAAACAAUUUCUCUACAUUCUUUACAUUGUGUUUCCCUUUUUAUACAGAUAGGUAAUGAUUAGAGAAAAUAACAGUCUGUAACAACUUGCUAACUGUUUCUGUUUGUUUGAACAGGAGUCUGAGGAGACAGAAAACUUAGAUGGAGCUGAUGUUUUGGGUUCAUAAUGUCAAUAAAGGUGAAGAUGGUUCUGAUGAUAUAAACAAACUUAAGCUAACUAAAGAACAAUCUACCAUUUUGGAAGAAAGCUUCAAACUUCACAGUACUCUUAACCCUAAGCAAAAGCAAGCCUUAGCUAGAGAGUUAAAUCUCCGGUCUGGACAAGUUGAAGUUUGGUUUCAGAAUCGGAGAGCCAGGGCAAAGCUAAAGUAAAAAGAGGUAGAUUGCAAGAACUAAAAGCCCUGAAAUUAGCACAGCCUCUGUUCGUGCAAAUGCCUACAGCGACAUUCAUAUCUGCCCAUUUUGCGAGUGGAUAGAUGGUGGCGGUGUCGCCAAUACCAAGGGCCCAGGUUUUUAUGGCUCCCAAUUAGAGAGGUCUAAUUUCUCGAAAAAAGUUCUCAGAUAGGGAAGCCCGUUCCCUUUCAAAUUUAUCUGUCAACAUAAUAAAUAUAUUAUUAUGUGAAUAAUUUAAUUUAUAUGUAUUUCUUUCUACUAAAA